AUUCAUAACUCGCGUUACAACAGAUGAUCGGUAAAUGGAAGGUCAUCGAAAAUCAUAAGAUAAUUCCGUGAAAUCUUUUCUUAUAGAGAGGUUAUAAUCUGUUCAAAAGUUUUAGGGCUAAAAGAAAAAUUCAAGAUGAGCAAGGACUAUGUUACACUGGGUGUUCAACGAGAAUCUCUGAUAAAUAAUCCUCUUCUACAAAAGUCUGAACUUGGAAGACCACUGCGGCGUUGCUUUACCCUUCCCCCUGAUGGGUUUACUUAUGGAAAGCCAAAUGAAGGAAAGGACAGCGGUGCUGCUGAUGCACUUGUAUGGAGAUCUGCCCCACUGGCUCCCCUCUAUCUUAAGGAGAAAAAAGCUCCAAGAGAUUUUAUUGGAUUAAAUAAAGGUGCAGUUCAAGCCGGCCUUACAACAGCUCAUGAACAUUUUCAGUACCGUGCCACACAUGACAUGAGGAGGAAAGACUCUGGCAAUGAAAAGACAUCAUUGAAAGUUAAAAGAAUCCCACCUACAAUGGUCUUUGGUAUUCCUACAAAGCCUUCCACUCCAGUUUAUGAUCUUCUGGGACAUAAAUAUCAGGACCGCUGGAUAGAAGAAAGACGGAAAGCUGAGGGAGCAGCCAGAGCAAGGCAAGAGCAGAAGAGACACGUUGAUAAAACCAUCUAUGAGACAAGGACUUCACUGCUUAGAAAAUACCAACCCCCUGUGGAUCCAUCUCCACUAUGGCACAUGAAGAAGUUUGAAAAGAUCCCAGCUUAUCUCAGCACCUUUAGAUCAGAUCAAGCUAAAGAUUCUGCUUUCAAACACCAUGCAACAGACAGCACCUCACGACAGGGAGUUUUUGGUCAUGGAAUAUACGAACCUGCUAAGAGCUAAAUACCAAAACAACAAUUUUCAUCACGUUUAACCUUUAAAAAAAAGAGUGGACAAGACAUUUUUAAAAAUAUUUUAAGUUAUGAUUCUAAAGAUGACUUAACCCAAGAGUGAAAAUCAACUUUUUUUUUCUCCAUCAAGAAUCUCCUAGAAGUUUUUUGAGCAUUAUUGUUUUAUGAUCACUCAAAGUUUUGUGCCUGUAAGGACUUGGAAA